UAGUGAGAUUCUGACAACAGUUUCAGUUACUGGUUUUACUCUUUCUUUUAAAGAAAAUGCUACUAAUAAGGCUGACGGAUUUUCUUAUUAUUAAUCUGAACUUGAUGAGUUGAACAAAGUUGGUGUAAUUAAUUUAAUUGUAGACAUUCACGUGGUUAACCUCAAAAUGGAUUCAAAAUAUAAUUUGGGAAAUAACAGCAAAACCACUACAAUUUCCAAAUUUCAAAUGAAGUUGAAGCCUACACCCAUUAUUUUUAAUAACAAAAUUGGGCCUCCAAGUCCAAAGAAAAUGAAACUGAAUGAUAAGGAGAAUAAUAAAGGCACUUUGAAUUCUAUCACUAACUUUCAAAAUAAGCCUAAAAUGAGUAUACAAGAUCAAAGGAGAAAGUUGCCAGUGUUUGAAAAAAGGAAUAGACUGUUAGAAUUGAUAAAGAGACAUAAAACUCUUAUAAUUUUAGGAGAAACUGGUAGUGGCAAGACUACACAAAUUCCUCAAUACAUCAACUCGGCUAGAUUACAGGAAAAUGGAAAGAUUGCCAUAACACAACCUAGGAGAGUCGCAGCUAUAAGUGUUGCAUUACGAGUGGCUCAGGAAUAUGGACAGGGGAUGUCAGUAGGUGAUGCAGUUGGUUAUACGGUUAGAUUUGAAGAUGUGACAUCUAAAAAAACCAAAAUUAAGUAUUUAACUGAUGGUAUGUUAUUGCGUGAAGCUAUGAUCGAUAGACUGUUAAAUCAGUAUACUGUUAUUAUUUUGGAUGAGGCCCAUGAGAGAACAAUUCAUACUGAUGUUCUAUUUGGAAUUGUCAAGAAAGCUCAGAAAAUUCGAGAAGAACGAAAGUUAUCUCCUCUAAAGAUAAUAAUUAUGUCUGCUACAAUGGACGUUGAUCAUUUUUCAAGAUAUUUUAACAAUUGCCAGGCUGUUUAUUUAGAAGGAAGGGCCUAUCCGGUCAAUGUAUUUUAUACUGUCAGACCACAUGAUGACUAUCAAACUAGUUGUGUUGCAACCUUUUUCAAAAUCCACAGAGAAGCUCCUCCUAAUCACGAUGUUCUGAUAUUUUUAACUGGUCAAGAAGAGAUAGAAGCUUGUGCUCAUCAAAUUAGGUUACUCUCGAAAGAUCCUGAUGUUCAAGGUCCCCCUAUUAAGGUGUUUACUUUAUAUGCUGCUCAGCCUAGCAAUCAGCAAAUGACUGUGUUUCAACCCUCACAACCCAAUACUCGGAAAGUAGUUAUUAGCACAAAUAUUGCAGAGACCAGCAUUACAAUAAGUGGUAUAAAAUAUGUUAUAGAUGGAGGAAUGGUCAAGGCUAGGUCUUUCCAUCCCUCAACUGGCCUGGAAUUGUUAAAAGUGCAAAGAAUCUCCCAAGAACAGGCAUGGCAAAGAACAGGAAGGGCUGGUAGGGAAUCGGAAGGAUUUUGUUAUCGAAUAUAUACGAGAUCGCAGUUUGAACUGAUGAAGAAGACUACAGUCCCCGAAAUACAAAGAGCAAAUCUCAACAGUGUCGCCCUACAAUUGCUGGCCUUAGGUAUCCACGCGUUACACUUCGAUUUCAUGGACAAACCUCCCAGAGAGGCGAUUGUGGCCGCGUUUGACCAGUUGAAGCAACUCGGUGCAAUAGAAGAUAUCGACUCUAUAAAUUUAACUCCCCUCGGGAGGAAAAUGUCAAAGUUUCCACUAGACCCUCGCUUUUCAAAGAUCCUUCUCUCCAGUCAACAGUACGGCUGCCUCGAGGAGGCUCUGUCAGUGAUCGCUUUACUGAGCAGCGAAUCGAUUUUGUUGUGUCCCCAUAACAGGCGGGAACAAGUCCAAAGUAUUCGACAAAAGUUCUGCUCUGCUUACGGGGAUCACAUAACGCUCCUAAAUGUGUUCAGGGAGUUUAAUAAUAUUGGGCAAAAUAAUAAGAGAUCGUGGUGUCACGAACAUUUUAUUAACAUAAGGAACAUAUUGCAUGCGAGGGAAGUUAGGGCACAACUGGAAGAAAUCUGCAAGAAGUGCGAUCUUACUGUUUCCUCUUGUGGCAGUCAGAUGGAUCAGUUGAGGAAAUGUUUGUUGACAGGUCUUUUUACCAACGUUGCUGAAUUGCACAGGGAUCGGCAGUAUAUUACGUUGGAUAAGAGGCAAGUAGUACAAAUCCACCCGAGUUCAAGCCUUCACGGCCAACAACCCCAUUUUGUAGUUUUUACGGAAGUGGUGCAAACAAACAAAUGCUAUUUGCGAGGCCUCACUACAGUCGAGAGUGAAUGGUUGAAUGAAAUAGCUCCAGAGUAUGUCAAAAGUCAUAAUAUUAGGUUUAAUAGAGAUAGUUGAUUAUACUCUUUUGUAUAAUAGGAUUCAAAAGAGCUUUUACUUUCCAUGUUUUAUUUUUUAUGUAUAUUCGAGUUUUCCAGAGCUUGUUGAAAAAGUUGGAAAAUAUUUGUAUUUUAUGCUUGGUUACAUUUUAAAUAGCCAUCUUAUAAACAUGAUAUGAAUAUAUAAACUUUGGAUUAUAAUUUAUUUUUUAGCAGGUUUUACACAUUUUGUUAGUACCUACUUGCAAUUUUGAUCAACGUUCCAGAUUUAUUAAAAUUUGUUGUUCUAGUACAAAUUAAUUAUAAGAGGAAAAUCAAAUAUAAACCGGAAUUCUU